AUCAGCGAACUCGAGGUGUCGGGGGAAGGCCAGCGCGUGGAGGAGCUGAAGGACGAAGAACUGGAGGGCCUGCGGGAGGAUGCGGACAAGAACGCGUCUCGCUACGCCAGGCUGUACCAGCAGAUGAUUCACUUGCGCGAGCUCAAGGAGGGGUACGGGGCGAAGUACGAGACCGAGAAAAACGCAAGCGACAUGUUCCAGGCCAAGACGCAGGACCUGGCCCAGAAGCUCCAGUCGGCAAGCAGGGAGAUGGAGAUGCUGCAGCGGACGCGGGAGCGGGCCAUGGAGAGGGAACAGUCCGCGCGCUCCGAGGAGGAGGAGUACUCCACGGAGAACGCGCAGCUCCAGAGCCAGAACGAGCAGCUCGUGCAGCAGGUGAAGGCCCAGACGGCGGAGGCGGCCCAAAGCCAGGCAGAGGUGGAGGCGCUGCGCGAGCAGGUGAAGGAGCUGAGGGCCAGCAGGGCGAUGCAUGAGCGCAGCUCCCACGCGGCCUGGGUGGCGAACGAGCGGGAGCUGAUCCAG